CGGGAAGGCGCAGGACGGGAAGUGGUGGGAGGCUUAUCUAAUUAGGACAUCCGCGGAUGAAUGGAACUCGGUGAACUUGGUGAGUUUGUCGUCCGGCCAACUUGAACAGCACAGGGAUCCUCUCUGGCACCAAUAGCGAGAUUCAUGGUACGCCCGGCUCUCUGGACCAUUAGGAUUCGACCGCCCGUGUUAGUUGAUACGUUCGCUGCACCUCCAACAGAAUCAAGACGGCAUGGAAACGGCCGAGCUAGCAACGUUUUUUGAGGUCAACUGGUCGCAAGAAGUGUCGAGAUGCAAGGCUUCGGUAGAUCAAGACGAUUUGGAGACCAUCCAGCGCUUCAAAUCCUGGGGCGACAUUAAGGAUGAGCUCAUCGGCAGUUUUCCCCCAUCAAUAAUCCUGAUACAACCAGCUCUCCGCCAUUUCAACGACUUCUUCGCGUUCUUCGAAACGAAGCUUGGCCCCCGACUCGACGCCUCGUAUCUCUGGGGUACUAUUGCCUGCCUCUCCCAGCUGUGCACAGAAGACCAGAACCUCUUGGCCAAGAUUCCUCGCAUGAUCAAGUCCCUUGCUCAUAGGGCCGAAACGUUCAAUAGGUACUGCGGGGAUGCAACGACUGUAAGCCACACCAUCCAGGAGGCCUGUUUCGACAUGCAGAUUCAGUUUGCCGAGUUCUUCACGAAUGCCAUAAGACACAUCCAUGGUUUCGACGAAGAAUCCAUGUAUAAAGCGGAGACGCCUCUCCAGCUCAUCGAGCGGCGUUUUGCACUGACGAACCAGGAGCUAGGAGAAGCCGUGGCCAGAGUAGAAAAGCUUAUUACUGUAGACUCCUCGUUGCACAAAGGAAUGUCGCGUAUCAGUGGGCUCAGUCGAUGCUUGAUGAUCCCCGCAACAAGAACCACCCGUUUCUUCAACAGGAUCGAUGUUCUCCAGGAUGUCGACAGGCUGCUCGGACGAGUCACAAAGGAAACCCCGUUUCGAUCCGUUGCUAUCCAUGGUAUGGCCGGGGUAGGGAAGAGUAGCAUUGCUUCGACCUACAUGGAAACGCGGUACAAGGAGAAUGUAUAUGACGUUUGUCUUUGGGUGCGAGGCGAAAAGUCAGCGUCGUUGAGGCAAAGCUUUACGGAUAUUGCACUAAGACUCAAACUCCCUGGCGCGCACCGGCAGAGUCCGGAUGACAACUUGAAUCUUGUUCAGGACUGGUUUCAGUCUACAGAGAGUGCUUGGCUGGUCGUAUACGACAAUGUCGAGUCUACAGAUAUCCUCAUGCCGUACUGGCCCGUAUCAAGCAAGGGCCGGGCAAUCAUCACCACUCGGAACCAAUCUCUCGCUUUCGAGCCCGCUUCUGAAGGCCUCGAGGUGAAGUCGUGGGACGCCAUGACCGGAUCGGAAUUCCUCCUAUGGCUGCUCAAGAGAAACAUUAGCAUGGAUCUAGAAGCAGAGAGCGAUUCAGCCCUUGCCCUUUCGCAGCGACUUGGCGGGCAUGCCCUGGUGAUUUCGCAGUUGGCUUGUCUGAUACACAAGUUCAACUUCUCCAUCCGUGACUUCAUGAUCGUGUAUCUCAAGAAUCCUCGGAUGGCACAUGAAAGGGGGGAAUUCAAGGCUAUCUGGGAAAUAUCCUUCCAGUCGCUCAACGAGGACUGCCGGACCCUAUUGGGCAUCGUUUCCUUCCUCAUGCCCGACAGCAUUCCCCACGAGGUCCUUGGAGGUGAGGUUCAUGGGGAUCUUCCCGACGAUUUGGUCUUCUGUCUCAAUGAUGUUAGGCUCUUCCAAUGUCUCGGCAUCCUCUCCGAUCUAGGAUUGAUCAAGAGAGACAUCGAAACGGGCACGCUAUCAACACAUCGAAUAGUGCAGACGCAGUUCAAGUACUUCUUAACGUCGGAAGAGCGCCAGAAAAGCUUCAACAACACAGUCUUGCUUGUAGCAGACGUGUUCCCCCCCGAAGAUACCAAAGCUGGCCAACUCUACGAGCGAUGGGAUGGGUGCAAUCGAUAUAUCCAGCACGCUAUCUCGUUAAGAGACUGCUUUUUGGAAGAGCAGAAGACCACAAAAGAUUUCAAGCCCUCCUGGCAGUUCUGCGAUUUGCUGAACAGGUGUCAGCGGUACUUCUUCGAGAUCAAGGCCGCAGAAGAUUGCCAGAAGACAUGUGACGUGAAUCACAUUGCGGUAGAGCAGCUUGAGGACGGGCCCCGGAAAGAAGACUACAAGGCAACUAUCCUGUCCCACGAAGCCCAGAUGGUCGAGUCCUUGGGCGAUGCAGAGAGAGCCAUCCGCCUCAAUGAGAAGGGAUACGUUAUACGGCUCGCAGAGCGGCCUCGCAACAAAGUCGUCCUCUGCUACACCGCCGCCAAUCUUGGGUACUGCUAUAGCGCGGCCAACAAACCCGCAAUUGCCGUUGAGUGGUUGGACAAGGCACGCGAGUGGUGGGGAGACCUGCCCAAUUUUCCGCUCAACAUUGUGGCGAACAAGGCGAGGUGUUUCAUUCAGCUCGGCGAGUUUGAGAAGGCCAAGAGUCUCGCGGACUCUUGUAUGACCGAGAUGCAGGACGUGGACAGGGUCAACUGGGCCACCCUUGGCUACGGAUACUUCCUGAUGGGCGUGUAUCAUCAUCGGGUGAAAGAAUUCGAAGCAGUCGAGCAACACUUUGUCCAGGCGCAAAAUGCCUGGCUGAAGGGUGACCUCACGAGGCUCCAUCCGUUUAAUGGAGGCUGCAUGUAUCGAAUCGGGCUAAGCUGUCUCUACCAGGGCAAGGUCGAGUCCGCAAUCAAACACUUUAACGACGCGCUCGUAGUCACCAAGUUGCAUCGGAAUACAAGGCCAGUGGAGCAUGCCCGAGUUCUCUUCAAGCUCUCAGAAGCGCUACUGCAGGAUGGCAACCAGUCCAGCGACCAGGAGGCGUUGGCUAUGCGGGACGAAGCUGAAGCCUAUCUCAGAAUGCGGGAUCCGAAUUUCUCGGACUCUGGUACAGAGGACACGUAUGAUAGAUUGAUAACUAUUUUCUGGAGAUAAAACUUGUUCUAGAGACAUUGGCGC